GCACGGCACAUUCACACCGACAGUAUGGCGGCGAGCUGCUGCUGGAGGGAUGCUGCUGUCGCCGAUGCCUUCACGAUGUGAUCGGAAUACCGACUGCCUACGGAUUUAGUACAGCCACCACCGAGGCCUGUCGCCGUGAUCUCGAUAAGAUGACCCGGCUUGCCGAUUACUUCGUAGUAGUCGGUUACGAUCUCGAUAAGAGAGGAGGUAGUGAGGGUCAAGGCCGGAUUGUCCAACGUUUUCCAGAGAAAGAUUGGGAAGAUAAUCCCUUUCCACAGGGCCUUGAACUGUUCUGUCAGCCUAGCGGAUGGCAGCUGGUUCCAGAAAGAAAACCUUCAUCUUUCUUUGUGGCGGUUCUCACUGAUAUCAACUCAGAGCGACAUUACUGCGCAUGCUUCACCUUCUGGGAGUCUGUGGAGAACCCGCAGGUCAGUGCUGGUCACUUGGAGAUAAAGAAAGCCAAUGUGACAUUAGGGCUACAAAAAGGAGAGCCCAGUGAGGCUGAUGAAGAUGAUAGCCCAGACGUUCUUCAGCCUGCUCAGCUCUAUGCUCCAAAGAGCCUGGUUUUGGUGUCCCGCUUGGACCACACAGAGGUCUUUAGGAACUGUUUGAGUCUCAUAUACACGGUUCAUGUGGAUGGCCUCAAUGUUCCUAUGGAAACAGUCAUUGGAAACCUUCUCACCUGCAUCAUUCCCAUAGCUGGAGGAUCUCAGAUAAAUGAACCUCCUCUUUGUAGUUUAACUGACUGUCUACUGGGUUGUUUCCAGCCGGGCCAGGAUGACAUAGAAGAGAGCUUGAGGACCAUAACACUUGGGGCAGGUGAUAGGCAGGUCAUCCAGACGCCCAUAAACGACUCUCUGCCUAUAAGCGGCUGCAGCGUGGCCCAGCUUUUCAGACAGCUGGGAAUUGUGAAUGUUCUUUAUCUGUUUUGUGCUGCUUUGACAGAGCACAAGAUUUUGUUCCUCUCCAGCAGUUACCAGCGUUUAACAGAUGCAUGUAGAGCCCUGUUGGCCAUAAUGUUUCCUCUCAAAUACAGUUUCACAUAUGUUCCCAUCUUGCCGGGAAAGCUCCUGGAGGUGCUCAGCACUCCGACGCCCUUCAUCAUUGGAGUCAAUUCCCACUUCCGCUCAGAGACACAGGAGCUGCUCGAUGUCAUCAUUGCGGAUUUAGACGGAGGAACAGUGACCAUACCAGAGUGUGUCCAUAUAUCCCUGCUACCUGAGCCUCUUCUACAUCACACACAGACCAUUAUCUCCAUGGUUCUAGAUCCAGAACUGGAGGUUGCUGAUCAUGCAUUUCCACCCACUGUUCAACCAUCCACACUAAAGAUUCAGGAUAAAGAGAUUCGAGCUGUCUUCCUGUGGCUGUUUGCUCAGCUCUUUCAAGGCUAUAGAUGGUGCCUUCACAUCAUUCGAAUCCACCCAGAACCAGUCAUACGUUUCCAUAAGGCUGCAUUUUUGGGGCAGAGAGCACUAGCUGAGGAUGACUUCCUCAUGAAGGUGUUGGACGGCAUGGCCUUUGCAGGCUUUGUGUCAGAGCGGGGACCACCGUACCGAAGCACAGACCUUUUUGAUGACCUUAUAGCCAGUCAAGUUGAGCGCAUUCGACAGGACGUGGGAAAUCCUCAAAAAGUCAUGAAGCAUAUUAAGGAGCUGGCAGAACAACUUUUUAAAAAUGAGAACCCAUACCCUGCAGUGGCUAUGCAUAGGAUGCAGAGAACAGCUGAAAAUGCAAAGCCCCAUGUGCCACAGGCCUCUUUCCCGCAUCUGGACGAAGUCGCCGUGCAGCUCUUUAUAGACCAUGCAGCCGCAAAACUCAACACCGCACCACCUGUGGUCAAGUCCGAAUUGAAAGGAAUGGUGCCAUCUGGACCUCUACUGGGCGACAUAGUGGACAGGAAUGGAAAUGUACUGGCCAACAGUGCCAGAAGAUUAGAAGUGGUCAGGAACUGCAUUACGUACAUUUUCGACAACAAAAUGCUGGAAGCCAAGAAGUUAAUGCCUGCAGUGUUAAGGGCUCUGAAAGGUCGGGCGGCACGAGUGUGUCUCACCCAGGAACUCAACCAGCAUGUUCUGCAGAACAGGGCGGUUCUAGAUGACCAGCAGUUUGACUACAUCAUUCGUAUGAUGAAUUGCACCCUGCAGGACUGCUCGCACAUGGAUGAACAUGGUAUAGCUGCUGCUCUCUUGCCUUUGGUCACUGCCUUCUGUCGGAAACUGGGAGGAGGCAUCACUCAGUUUUCCUACAGCUGCGUUCAGGAGCACAUGGUGUGGACCAAUAUGCAGUUCUGGGAAGCCAUGUUUUACAGUGACGUUCAGAAACACAUCCGGACCCUCUACCUGGAGAAUGUAGAGGAUGGAGACACGUCCACCAACGAGAGCGAGGGUGAUCAGAAGCAGCUGAGUGCCCUGGAGCUGGCUUCUGAGCAGAGCCGUCUGUGGCCCACGCUGAGCAAAGAGCAGCAGCAGGAGCAUGUUCAGAAAGAGGAGAGCACAGUGUUCAGCCAGGCCAUUCAUUACGCCAACCGCAUGAGCUACCUGCUACUUCCGCUGGACACUAAUAAGAACCGCCUGCUCCGCAACACCGGCCUGGGAGAUGUGGAGAGUGUCAGCAACAGCUAUGUCACUAACAGUAUCGCAGGUAGCAUGGCUGAAAGCUAUGACACAGAGAGCGGCUUUGAGGAUGCUGAGAGUUCAGAUGUUGCGAACUCCGUCGUUCGGUUUAUCAACCGUUUUGUUGAUAAAGUGUGCAAUGAAAGCGGAGUUACCAAUGAGCACCUAAAGGCACUUCACACCAUGAUACCAGACAUUGUUCAAAUGCAUAUUGAGACACUGGAAGCUGUACACAGAGAGAGCAAGCGACUUCCACCCAUCCAAAAGCCCAAGCUUUUAAGGCCGACGCUUUUGCCCGGUGAAGAGCUUGUGAUGGAUGGAAUGCGGGUUCACCUCAUAGCAGAUGGCCGAGAGGAAGCAACUGGUUCUAUGGGCGGUCCUCCCUUGCUGCCGGCCGAGGGAGCCAUCUUCCUAACCUCUUACCGACUCAUCUUCAAGGGCACGCCCACUGACCCUCUGGUCGGUGAACAAGUGGUCACCCGCUCCUUUCCCAUCGCCUCGCUUACUAAAGAGAAGAGGAUCUCAGUCACCCUUCCCAUGGAUCAGUUUAUCCAGGAGGGCCUGCAGCUUCGUUCCUGCACUUUUCAGUUGAUGAAGAUCGCAUUUGAUGAGGAAGUGGCUUCAGAUCUGGCCGAGGUGUUCAGGAAACACAUGCAUAAGCUCAGAUACCCACAGCACGUCCAGGGCACAUUUGCCUUCACUGUGGGUCAGUCGGCCAAGCUUGUGGUGGAACAUAAAACCAAGGAUAAGAAUCAGUCAUUAAAAACACUGUCUAAAAACCUGGUAAAGACUGCGAAGAGGACCAUUGGUCGACAGUAUGUGACCCGGAAGAAGUAUACUCCGCCCACCUGGGAAAACCGAAGCAGUCUGCAGUCAGAGAUGGAUGAAGAUGAGAUCUCUGUGUGUGAAGAGCUGGAUCAGAGUUCACUUACUCUGUCUUCCACCAUACGUUCAUCCGACCGACAGACUAUGAGUAAUGUGGUUGAGCGGGCCUGUUGUCGUGACUACCAGCGACUGGGACUGGGAACGCUCAGCAACAGCCUGACCCGUUCCAAAAACGAACCCUUCAGAAUCUCAACCGUCAACCGGAUGUACACCGUCUGCCGAAGUUACCCGGGGUUACUGAUCGUGCCUCAGAGCAUCCCAGACUCCACGAUCCAGCGCAUCUCUCGUUGCUACAGGCAGAACCGCUUCCCUGUAGUGUGCUGGCGAAACUCUCGUACCAAGGCAGUGCUACUUCGUUCGGCUGGCCUGCACGCUAAAGGCGUUGUGGGUUUUUUUAAAUCACCCAAUGCACCCACUGCAGGCCCAUCUCAGGCAGACUCCUCCACCAGCUUGGAGCAAGAGAAGUAUCUGCAGGCAAUAAUCAGCUCCAUGCCCUCCUACAGUGAGGCCAGCGGAAGAAACACACUCAGUGGCUUUACCUCUACACACAUGAGCACCUCAGACUCAUCAGACAAGCUCAGGCAACCUAAACUAGGAGCUUUAAUGAAACAGGUCAUGGGUGCUAAAGAGGAUGUACUGGGAACCUUCAGUAGAGGAGCGCUGGGUCAGAGGGCAAAGGUCAUCUCCCUCUCUCAGCCUAGAGUUUCGGUCAAGGCCCGCAACUCGCCAAGAGGAAAAUGGGGCAGCAUUCGCGGCAGUGGGCGGCUCAGCACAUAUAAUCCUGAUGUAGGGAACAGGCUGGCUGGGAAAGAGUCACCACAAGCUAACGGAGGACCAGUCGAGCCAUACUUCCUUCGGCAACAGAAAGCAUACCUCUACAUCAUUGGAGACAAGUCUCAGCUCAAGGGUGGAAAGCAGGACUCUUUUCAACAAUGGGAGGUGGUGCCCAUCGAGGUCUUUGACAUGCGGCAAUUAAAGAACAGUUUUAAGAAGCUGAUGAAAGCGUGUGUACCUUCCUCGCCCAACAAUGAGCCGAACAUGACCUUUCAUCGCUGCCUGGAGGAGUCUGAGUGGAUGAAUUUGCUUCAUAGGGUUCUGCAGGUGUCUGUUCUUGUUGUGGAGUUGUUGGACACAGGUUCCUCUGUCAUGGUUAGUCUGGAAGACGGAUGGGAUGUCACAACACAGGUGGUGUCCCUGGUUCAGCUUCUGUCUGAUCCAUACUACAGAACAAUCGAUGGCUUUAGGCUGCUGGUGGAGAAAGAGUGGUUGUCGUUCGGCCAUCGAUUUAGCCAUCGUGGGGCGCAAACGCUAGCCAGCCAGAGCAGCGGAUUCACGCCGGUCUUUCUACAGUUUCUUGACUGUGUGCAUCAGAUCCAUCUGCAGUUUCCCAUGGAGUUUGAGUUCAGUCAGUACUAUCUGAAGUUUCUGGCCUAUCACUAUGUUUCCAACCGUUUCCGCACAUUCUUGCUAGACUCCGACUAUGAGCGCAUAGAGCUGGGUGUUUUGUACGAGGAAAAAGGUGAGAGAAGGAACCCUCAGAUUUGUAAAUCAGUGUGGGAUUACCUUGAUCGUCUCAACAAGAAGACGCCGAUCUUCUACAACUAUAUGUUCUCACCAGAGGAGGAGGAGAUCCUAAAGCCCUACAGCUUCAUCUCAAACUUAAAGGUCUGGGACUUUUACAUGGAAGAGACGCUUUCAGAGGGUCCAUCGUUUGACUGGGAGUUGGUGCGGGGCAGACAGGAAAAGCUGACCGAAGAAGCGGGUGACAGGCAGGACACAACAGCAUCCAAAUCCCAGCGGAAGAUUGUCUGGCCUUGUUAUGACAGCCUCAAUAAAGUAGUGCCUGAUGCCAUCACCAAACUGUUGCAGGAUGUGCAGAAUCUGGAAUCUGAGUUGGGACAGCCUACAGAAAAAUGGAAGGACACUUGGGACAAGAUUAAGACAGCCCAACGGGUUGAGUCCAGACUAGAAAGCAGGCACUCGUUUUCCAGCUCUUUGCUUAUGUCAUCUAAUCUGAGUCACCAGAGGCGCUCGCAGGGUGUUUAUCUGCAAGAGAGCGGGGUAGGAUCCUCCAUUAAUCUGGCUCUGGACUGUGAGGUCAGCGCAACCUCCACGCCUGCAGCAGGUCGGACCAGUACCAGCACACUUUACAGCCAGUUCCAGAGCACUGAGAGCGAGAACAGGAGCUUUGAGGGUAUUUUAUACAAACGAGGCGCUUUGCUGAAACCAUGGAAGCCACGAUGGUUUGUGCUAGACAAGACAAAACACCAGUUGCGAUACUAUGAAUCACGGAAAGACAAAGAGUGUAAGGGGGUUAUCGAGUUAGCCGAUGUGGAAUCUGUAAUUCUGGGAACGCCUACUAUGGGAGCACCUAAAAACAUAGAAGACAAAGCCUUCUUUGAUCUCAAGACAACCAAAAGAGUAUAUAAUUUCUGUGCCCAGGACAGCACAAAUGCGCAGUUAUGGAUGGACAGUAUUCAGAGUUGCCUAUCUGAUGCAUAGGAGAGUGCAGGGUUUUGCCAAGGAAAUAACUGUGACACUUUUUGCAGAGCCAAUUAAGGACAUUACUAAUGGACAAUGGGCGGGGCUUCCGCCAGCCCAUUGAAAGAGCUUGGCUUUCAUUUCGUGUCGGUGGUAUUGAACUUUACAAUGUCUUCACCGCAUUUCAAUGUUUUUGUGUAAAAAAACUUAAGAAAAAUCGAACUAUAAAAACUCAUAUCAGAAGUUGUUACUAUUACCACUAUGCUCUUUAUCAACACGAUCACAUUCCCUGGAUGUUCUUCUAUGCUUGUUCGAAAAAUGGCAUGGUUUUAUUUCUGAUGGACUGCCAUUCUUCAUCUGACAUGUACAACUGUUGCUUGCACCCUCCCUUAAUACUCCAGUACUGCCAAUGGCGUCUUUCAGCUAUCCAGGGGCUUAGGCAUGCCCAAUAACUAGCCACAGCUCACAAGAGUGACCCUUAUGUAAUGUUAACCCCUUUUUUCACCGUACUAUGCCAGUGUUUGUGUUUGAGGUGAAUUAAGAUAAUCAGUUUAUUGCUGCUCCACUCUCUUGCCUUCUCAUUUGCUACUUAAGUUCUCUUCCUCCCUUUUGAUUGAUUUGCUUUGUCUAAGCCUAUUUUGAAGCAGGGUCUCCAUGAAAUGAUUUAUGAAGGAUUUUGUGUUUAAAAUGUAGUUUUUAAUGUUAUUUGCAUUCAAGUUAUUGUCAAAGUUUACCACGGCAGACACUUUGUUUGAGUCUGGAGAUUAUACAUUCAAAAUUGACUGUUUACACUCUAUACCUUACAAUACAAAUCUGUUUUUUCCUAGAAGACAGAAAUGAAAACCACUUUGGCUAUUGAGAAUUUAAGGGGGCUGAAGGAAAAGGAGGGAUGUGUUUCUGUCAUAAUUUGAGAGAGAAGGAUGACAUUUUCUGAAAGCGUUUCUAAUCACUUUGUUUCAUCAAGUGUCUUGUUUACACCAAUCAGAGGCCUGGAGCGGGUUGCCAUGACAACUGGGUUCCACAUCACUUCCUGUAACAGUUUUUGCAAAAAAUAUAUAAAAUUGUAAAUAUCUAAAUGUAUUAACACAGUUCAUUCCGAAUGGGAACAAAUUAAAUUCAGUUUCAGUUCAAAUUAGUUUUUUGGGACCUACCAUAUCUCGAAAAUGUAUAUGAGAAAAGUUAAGAGGACAUGCAAGGCCGGUUGUCAUUUGCUUCCGAGCUCUAUAGGCUCUGAGUUGUGGAUCUGUCAGAAACAGUGUUUUUUAUGUUUCGUUUUUAACCCUGUACAUAGAGGAGUUUGUUAAUAUUAUUCCUUUAAAGAAAGAGUCAAAUUUUACUGGACUUUGUAAGGAUGCACCGAAAGUAUCACAUUACUGAACCCAAAAAUUAACACACACAGUGUAAAAUAAUGUAAUACUUCUGAAUUGUUGAAACCGAAAUUGUAGGUUUAUGUUUCAAUAACUCCCUUUGUAUAUAAUAUUCAGAUAUGUAUGUUAAUGGUAGUAAUUUAUUUAACUUUGUCUCCUGAAUAUGACAGUCUCCUGAAUAUGACAGUCCUCCUUGUAACUUUUAAGUUAGGAAUCCAAUACAUGUGCCAUUGUUUAUCUUGUUUAAAGCAACUAACAACAUAUUUUUUGGAAACCUUCAGAUGUGACUCGUAAAUAAACCCUGAAUUUAUUAUUUUCUUUUCUGAUUUUGUUACUUUAGAAAAUAACAGCGGUCACCUACAGCUUUCAUGUAAGCUGAGGUUGAUCAGAAAUUGAUGACAUAAAACUGCUCAUAACAUUUUUAUUUAUUUUUCAUACAUUUUUAUUAGAUUUGUUUAAUCAAGUUCUGCUGUCAAUCAUGCCAUAUAUUCUUUAGGAUUAAACCACUUGGGGUUUAUGAC